GAAGUCUCAUCACCCUUGACAAUUACUUCCAUUCGCAUAAAAUCGAAUCAAUGCAAUAUCCCUUGUCUUGAUGAAUAUUUAUGGACUUAUUAAUGUUAUAAUAAUUACGGUAUACUACUCCGAGUCCUCCUUCCAUCAAUCAAACGUCCAAAAAAGGGGGAAGGGGAGUUACCGUUCCUGACUUAACCCUCAAGUAAUGGAUUCUGUGUCUUUCUUUUGAUAUUUAUUAUGACUCUGCGUAGCGAACUGGUUGAACCACUCCCCUGUUUUCCACUUACGGCAACUAAUGUUCUGCCAAUGGCUAAUCUCAAUCUGGAGCUUGAUUGCAAGACUAUCCAUGAUUCCUUAGGAAGCUUGUGUCACUUGAUUCCUUAUCUUUCUCGGCUGACUCAAUCUCAAAGACAACAACUCAGAAAGACCUACGAGGCAGUGUAUGGCGAAGACUUGAUAAGUCAUCUUCGAAGUCAUGAAGCGGAGGUUUUGUCCGUGAACUGCUCUGCUUUGUCCCUGUGGAUGCUUAACCCACAUGACAGGGAUGCUACUUUAGCCAGAGAAGCCCUCCAGCAAGACGACACCAAUUUCAAAGCUCUGGUGGAGAUCUUCGUGGGUCGGAAAUCAAGUCAUAUUCUUUUGAUCAAACAAGCUUACCACAAAAGAUUCAGAAGGCACUUGGACCAAGACAUUAUCAAUUUGGACCCUCCUCAUCCUUUUCAAAAGAUUCUUGUGGCAUUGGCUGCAUCACACGAAGCUCACCAAGCUGACGCUAGUCAGCAUAUAUCCAAGUGUGACGCCAGGAGGCUCUAUGAAACUGGAGAGGGAGGCUCAGGAGCAAUAGAUGAAGCAGUGGUGCUAGAAAUUCUCAGCAAGAGGAGCAUUCCUCAGUUGAAGCUGACAUUUUUUAGUUAUAAGCACAUAUAUGGGCAUGACUACACAAAGUCACUCAGAAGGGGAAACAAUCAGGAAUUUGAAAAGGCUCUUAUUCUGGUUGUGAAAUGCAUUUGCAAUCCAGUAAACUACUAUGCAAAGGCACUGUACAACAGCACCAAAGGGGCAACGAUUGAGGGAACUUUGGCACGAACACUAAUUUGCAGGGCUGAGAUAGACAUGGACGAGAUCAAAAGGGUUUUCAAGCAAAAGUAUGGGAAGGAACUUGGUGAUGUAAUUUAUCAAAGCAUUCCAUCCGGAGACUUCAGAGACUUUCUGGUUGCUCUGGCCACAAGAACCAAUCCUUCUACUCAAUCAGCCCCGUCUACUUCUACAUUCCAUACCAGCAAAGCAAGUUGACGAAACAGCGCAGAAAAGAUUAGCUUCCACAUAUGAUCUCCUCGUGCUUGCAAUAAAAUGAACUGAAACUGAACUGGAAACAUGUGUAGCUUCACAGCAAUGGCGUAUGUACCUCUAUACCACAAUGUGAUAGUCCAAAAAGUGACCCUUGUAGUGCUGAAAACAAAGAAAUAAAGGAACUGGAAAGGAACUUCUUUUCCUGUAUCUUUCUGUCA